ACCAACAGACACAGCAGAGCAAUCGGCAGAAGUAGAAUGUCUCUGCCCUCACACAAAGCUGCAUACUGCAUCCCGCCUCACACCCUGACCCGACUGGCGCGAGAAUGGCUGGCAGAGGACACACCAAACUUUGACCCAGCGGGAGCUUGUGUAGGGUCACAGGAGGUGGAGGCGAGGUUGCUGUGUAAAACCCCGCACGGCGUCCUGGCAGGGAGCUCCUUCUUCACAGCAGUGUUCACGGAGGUCGGCUGCACUGUGGACUGGGUUUACCAGGAGGGGGAUGAGAUUGGUCCAGAUGCCAUCACGCUGACUGCUGUUGUGAAAGGCCCGGCAAGGUGCCUCCUCCUCGGCGAGCGGCCGGCUCUGAACUGCCUGGCCCGGGCCUCUGGGAUCGCCACACGCUGUUCUCAGCUCCAGGCAAAAGCAGCAGAGAGGGGCUGGCGUGGAGAAGUGGCUGGCACACGCAAGACCACCCCAGGCUUCCGUCUGGUGGAGAAGUACGCCAUGCUGGUUGGAAGUGUGUCCAUGCACAGACAGGACCUGAGUGGAAUGGUGAUGCUGAAGGACAACCAUGUGUGGGCAUCAGGAAGUAUCACCCAGGCUGUGAAAGCGGCCCGCUCUGUGUGUGGCUUCAGCAGUAAGGUGGAGGUGGAGUGCCGCUCUGCAGAGGAGGGCCGAGAGGCAGCCGCAGCGGGAGCAGACAUCGUAAUGCUGGACAACUUUCAACCUCAGGAGCUCCAUGUUGCAGCUCAUGCUCUGAAGGAGGAGUUCUCAGGCCUGCUGAUCGAGGCCAGUGGAGGAGUGACUCCAGAGAACUUAGCAAUGUAUUUCUCCCCACAUGUGGACAUCAUUUCUCUUGGCUGCAUAACACAGGGCUGCCCAGUUGUGGAUUUUUCACUGAAGGUUCAAAAGCCUGCUACACCCCCAAGCCUUCUAGAAAGAUGAACACAAUAAGUGUGAUGUACUGACAG